CACAACUACGAAGGGUUGUUCGAAACUUGAAAGACAUUCUUAGCUUCCAAGGUUAGUGCCGCUCGUCACCUGAUUUUGUUUCGCAUUGCGACCGACGAAAUACGGCCCUACCAAUUUCCCGUCUUGCCUUUCAUUUAUACUUCAUUUCGGCCCCCAUACUUAUACAACGCCUCACAACUGCACGCGCUCCCUAACCUUUCCGUACUCCUCUCCAAAUGUCGUCUUCCGCCACAUACCCACCAUUUUCUCCCGUGGACACGACGACACCUAACCACCUGGUCAAGGACGAGGUCGAGUCGCCAAGCAUCUCUAGUACCAACGCCCUUGCGCGGUUUGAGUUCGAGGCCGGCCAUGGGAGGGAGGGCACUAAGAUACUCAUGGUUGAAUGGGAGGAUGACGACACGACGCGUGGGAUUCGCGGCGACUGGCACAUUUCGUGGGAAGGCAAGACAACAGUUCUGCCUGCAGACGACCAGCCGAGCAACGACAUCAACCGCAUGUACUUUCUACUGCCACCAGGGGUAGCAGUCCCCUCCAUCGUAACGCUUACACACCGGCCACAGGAUGGAAUCAAGACACCCGUAGUGUGGCACACAAAUCCGCUCCCCGCUAUAUUCCCGCCUGAAUUAGGGGCGUCAGCCCGUGCAGCCGGUAAGAAGGGAAUUCUUCACACAAUAUGGGCGAAGAAGAGGCUGCAGGUCCUGCAAAGGGAGAUUGAAACCGAGUCCAGGAACAACGUUGAGGGGAUAGGCUUUCUGAUGGCAGUGCAAGAGAAGGAGUGGAUCGAGCAGACCUUUGGCGUUACCGCGAAACCCAUCGGGCUCAGCAUCUCACUGGCUGAACCCACGGUGGCACCGUUAGGACCUGCAAGUCCCAGAUCUCCAGGUGGAGGACGGCUGAUGGAGAAGCUCCGAGGAUUGAAGCUCGGUACCAGCGAGAAAGAUCUUGCCUCGAAAUCAGACCUUGGUGAAAUGCUGCACUCCAACCCGCUGUCUCCCGAGUCUUCGGAUGUGGCGGUUUCCUCUUUCGCUGCAUUCAAAGGCGCAAAUCCUUCUGUGCUCGCAGCAAAACCCCCACAACCUCCACAAGCGACUAGAAAGCUGGCGUCUCAUGGCCCGCCACCUUCGGUAGUUGCACAACAGCAACUUUCCGGUAUGGCGUCCCUCAACGCAGUCACAGCCCCGGCUUUUCAAUCUCGGGGGCCACCGUUACCAGAUGAUGAUAAGGAUGAUGGUCUGUUUGCUCUUCCGAUUUCUCCGCGCAGUCCAGAAAUGAGCAAGAGUCCCUUUUCAUUUGCGGGCAAUGAAACGGCGAAGUAUUUGAAGGGGGAGCGAGCAGUGUAGGGAACCUAUGAAGGUCAUUCUGGAGUAAUGGAGUUCGGCAUUCUUAGGGUACUUUGAAGGUCUGAUUUCUGGGAGCAAGUGUAAUGCCUUUGAUGAUACCUAGAGUAAAUAGUGAUGGCUGAGUAACUUCCAACUUCCAACUCAGAGGAUACGGGAACGAUAGCCAGAUAUGAAAAGCUUUUCGC